AUGAUUCUGCAAGCUCUUCUGGCGAUUGCAACGCUGGGAAUUGCCGCCGAAUAUCCCGUCGUCUCUUUGUUCAUUCCAAACGCCGACCCUCAAUCCUUGCUAGGUGAAGUUUUGGCCGCGCAAUCAGCAACAACUACAUACAGUAUCAAUUGCCCGGUCGGAAAAACUAAUAGCACAGAAUGUGGUAUGGGCCCUGGCCUAUUUCUGACCGCAGCCCCAACAAGUGUUGAAUAUUUGAUAAGUGAUGAAUCUGACAAUCUAUAUGACCACGUUGUCUGUGAUGUGACCGAUCUCCCGACAGGCGCUUACACCUGUACAGACACUAUCACCGGGAAAGGGAUCAACACGCCCGGUACCAGCACCUCAACCAUCGGCUGGGACCAGAUAACAUUAUUGCUGGUUACCAUAACGUCCACGGCUGAUGCGGUGGCAGCAACAGCAAAUGGGACCACUAGUGAGGAUUCGACUGGUAGUAAGGCCUCUGCCACUGUCAUCACUACCCCCGCGGCGGGUGUGGCUGCCGCUGCUACCACCAGCACCAUCGCCACUACUCCCGCGGCAGGUGUUGCUGGAAGACCAAGCCCUACUACUGCCGUACUAGGCUGUAUCUUAAUUCAAGCCCUGGCAGCAAUGCUGCUGUGA